UUGAUAUGAUAAGGAAAAUAUUUUAAAUUUCGAUGAAUAUAUUAUUGAAAUUUACGUAAAUAUAAAUUUGAUUGUAUUUUGUUUACUGUUGUGCUGAUUGUUAAAAACGUUUUGUAACUGAUGUAAACAUAUGAGUACAUUGUUCUUUAAAUCGUGCUAUUUCGUUAAUUUUUCAGAGUAAAACACGGCAAUUCAGUUUAAAUUUUGUAAAAAAACAAGCAGGUUCUUGCUCGAUUGCGGACAGUGCGCUUGCGCUUUCUUUACCCGUGGGUGAGGUAGUGUAAUGAAAUAGAAAGAUUUCAUAUGUUGUUUUUAAAUUGAAAAGUUAUAGUAAUAACGAUGUCUUCAUCUGAAAUAAAUUUGAGAGUAACUGGUCAAAGUAGUCAGGGUGGACGAAAGUAUAUGGAAGAUGCCUUUGUUGUCGCAUAUCAACAUACAGAAGAUAAAAAUGAUUUGGAAUAUGCAUUUUUUGGAAUUUUUGAUGGCCAUGGUGGUAAGGAGGCUGCUCAAUAUGCAAAAAAUAAUUUGUUGGAUAAUAUCGUGACCCUUAAACACUUUUGGGAAGAGGAUGAUGAAAUGAUAUUGAGUGCUAUUAGAGACGGUUUUUUAGCUACUCACAUGGCUAUGUGGAAAGAAGUUGAUAAGUGGCCAAAAACUGCUUCGGGUCUUCCAAGCACAGCUGGUACUACAGCAAGUGUUGCAUUUAUUCGUAAAGGAAAACUGUAUACUGGCCAUGUUGGAGAUUCAAGGAUAGUUAUUGGAUUAAAAGAACGAGAUAUGGAUGCUUGGCAAGCAGAGAGUCUCACAAUUGAUCAUAAGCCAGAAUCACCUCAAGAGAAGCAGAGAAUUAUUGAAUCUGGUGGAUUGGUUAUGAACAAAUCUGGCGUUGAAAGAGUUGUUUGGAAAAGACCACGCCCAGGCCACGAAGGACCUAUUUUACGUAGCACAGAUUUUGAAAAGAUACCAUUCCUUGCUGUUGCACGAUCCUUAGGUGAUUUAUGGAGCUACGAUCAUUUACAACAAGAGUUUGCUGUUAGUCCUGAACCUGAUCUUGGAGUAAUGAAUCUUGAUCUCAAAAAGGAUAAAUGUUUAAUUCUUGCAUCUGAUGGAUUGUGGAACAUUAUGUCUCCCCAAGCUGCUGUUCAUUUAGUGCAAGAUGUGGAAAAUGAAAAUAGGAAGCUGAUAACAAAAUUUGGAAUCUCAGAAAAUAUACAUUUGACUCUGUGCAAUCCGUCUAAAGUACUGGUCGAUUGUGCUCUGGAAAGAUGGAACCAACUUCAAACCAGGGCUGACAAUGUUAGUGUGGUUACAGUGAUGCUGGAUCAAACAAAAUCCUCAGAAGAUGAAGUACUUAAGGAGCAGCUUAUACUUAAAAUGAAUUAUCCUGGUAGUUUGCAGGUUUGGGAUGUCGGUCUCCGCUCCAAAGGGUCAGUUUCCGAGUCUUGUGACAGUGCGGAAUCUACGGCUAGUGCUGCCACAGCAGAGGAAAGUGCAGACAAUAAUUUAGAAGGUGUCUCAUCUUUGCCUCAAAUUUUAAUAGAUUCAGACAAUGAUCAAUCAUCUCUACCUGAUCUUCUAGACGAAACACCGAGCUGUCAUAGCAAUAGUGAAAGACUAACCAAUAGUCCAUUGCAGUCUUGUUCUAAUUUUCUUCCAGAAUACUUCGCAAAAGCAUCGAGAAAACUGGAUGCUGAUGGGAUAGAAAAUAGUCCAUGUGCCAUUCCUCGUUGGAGCAAAAAUCCUUCUGGGCGUACCAGUCUUUCUACGCUUGUGACGUGGAGCAAGGUCGUUAGUUGCAGGCGUAUGAGUGACCCCUUUCCCUAUUCAAAUUUAGAUGUCGGAUGUUCUGCAAAGGAAGAUGGGGAGUGUUUUUCGGAUGAAGAAAACAACGAAAGCUUGAACAGGGAUGUGGAAUGUUUAGGUUCUGUUCACUGUGAAGAAAUGGGGUUUGAUAGAGACACUUGUGAAGAAGAUAUCCCGUGCACUUGUAGUAAAAUGUACAGUAGUUCCAGUGCUGUUUUGAAUCGUCAUAGUUUGAAAGUAACUUUAAAUCAGCUAAGUAGCUUAGUUAAGUCUGCUAGUACUUAUUCUAUCAAAAGGAAAUAUUCUAGCACUGAAACUUUGCAAUCAAGUGUGAGCACAAGUGAGUUAAGUGAUGAAGGCAACAGUUCCCAAAAAAGAAGAGCCUGCACAAGAUCUUCUAUAUUUCAUCCUACUGAACAACCCGACAUUUUAAGCUAAAAUAUGUAGGAAUAGUUAGUUUGGUUUUAAACAGAUAUUUAAUAUAUAUAUAAUCAUUAUUUUCUAUAAUGUGUGAUGUGUAUGUCAAUAUUUGUAUGUUAUGUCUUGGUGAUUUUUGUUGUGGGGAACGUAUUUUAAAAAUGGUGAAAUUUUAGCUAAAAUUUGUAUAUCUUAUUUGUGUAUGAAAACUAUGCCAGAGAAACGUGUCCAAAGGUUAAGCUUAAAUAAUUUCCAGUUAUCUCUUUCUACUUAACCCCUUGAUUGCUGCGAGUGUUUAUAUAUACGCUUUGCUAAGCCAAUGCAUUAACUGCCCCUGGCUUAUGUAUAUGCCUUUCUUAAGUACACAUUGCUUUUUGCCAUGCGCUGCUGUCAGUAAAACUACUCUCACAGCUUUGGAGUGCAAUAUAAUGACCGUGAGAGUGCUUUUAAAGAAUUUCAGACAGGAGGAAAAGGGAGAUGGGGAAGUUUCUGGAAAGUAAAUCACAGCUGUGCGGUUAUUGCUUGUGUUUCUUUUGAGUAGUACAUGCUUUUUUACUUGCCCUUCUCUUCCAUUUUUGUUUCUGUAUGUAAUAAUGGUUUUUAUUUUUUGUGCAAACGUGUCUGAGAGUGAAUUAGAUAACUAUUUUUCUUCAUCCAGAAACUUUAGAGUGAUAUUACUUCAGAUGAAGAGGACUCUGAUUGUGACUAAUAGUUAUAAUUAAAUUUUGUAUUUUCUUUUUUUUUCUUUCUUGUAAAAGUAAAUAGGUAUUAGAUUGAAAAGCGUGCCUUUUCUUUUUCUCCAAUACACAUCAAAACUAUGCGUGUCUCUUUGGAAACUGGUGUCAAUGGGGGAAGGGGGUGAAUCUCAAAGCUUUCUCGGCACACCAGGGGUUAAAGCACAAAUAGAUGAAAACUAUUAUUUAUAUUAACUAAGCAUUCAAUUUUAUAACAAAAUAGUAAGUAAGAUGAGCAUAAACUAUUAGACAUGUGAGUGUAAUUUGAUUUGUACCACAGUAAACAGAGUCGUUAAUUAUUUUCAAAAUAGAAAACAAAAUAAAUCAUAAGGCUCUUUUCUAUCAAAAGCAACCUUAUUCAUCCCUUUCUCAAGUCAAUAACUUGGAAGGAAAUCAAGUUAGUUUUUUAGAAACAUUUUAAAUAGUUGGAAAUAAAUAAUAAAGUAAAAGUUUAUAUCAAAUGUAAAAUUUUUAAUGAGGUAAAUAUAGUUUUAUCUCAUGUUAGAAUUGAUGAGAUAUUUGUUAAAAACUUUGUAAAAUGUCCCUCGAUAAUUGCUAUUAUAUAAAAUUGUCUUCAUUUAGCUGUUUUUGUAUUUUUUUCUUCUUAAGUUCACUUUUCUGACUUAUAUUGAGAAAAUGUAUUUAUUUUUACUAUUUUAUGACUUAUUGUUUCGUGUCUUGAAAUUUUUUUAUUUUAUUAAAUGCAUUGAAUUUAAUACUAUCUUCAAGUGAUAGACUAGUUAUUUAUGAAUUUUUGUAGAUAUAGUUUGUUUUUGUAUCAUUUUCAGUUUUUUAUAAAUUGUAUGGAUGUAAAUGCGUCGUGCAAUUUAGAAAUCAGCUUAUUCACAAUGUGUGUUUUUGUUUGUAGGAAAGAAAUUCUUUUCGAUCUCCAUAGCUCCUAUUAGAAAAUACUGAAUACUUCAUGUUCAUUUUCCAAUAUUUAUAUAUCAUAUUUUUUAAUCUCAUAGCACAUCAUUAAUUUUUAACAUUAAAUUUAAAUUAGUUGUUGAAUAAUUAGUUAUUCAUUCAAUUUAGAUUUUUUUUAUGGAUUAACAUUUCAACAUACGAGAAGUUUAUUUUAUAAUAGAUUUUGAAGAGAAUCUUCUUUCGCGCAUUAUUUUCUACUAUCGUAAUAAGUAAUUAUAUGAUAAAGAAAUUAGCUAGAUAAAAAGUUAUUAAGGAUAACUCAGUGCUGGACUAUUAUGUUUUUAGUAAAAAUGUUAAAGCCAAAUUAUUUAUAUUUAUUUUACCAAUAAAUGGUUUAAUUACUUAUAGUAAACAAAUUCUUUAAGUCUAAGCAAAUUUUCUAUAAAAUAAGUGCAUGGCUUGUAUUGAUUGAAUAUUACUUAUUAGUGAAAUCAUAUAUAUAAUGAACUUUAUUUUAUCAUUGAAUAGAUAUAACAAUUAUCCUGAAUUUGAAUUCCAGGUACAUACUUUUUAUUUAAUUUGGGCAAUAAAGUUUAAUAAAAGAAUAAACUAAUCUUUGUUUCGAACGCACUCAACUUCUAGGCUUAAUAUAUUGCAGAAGGCUGUGUGAUACUCCUAUCCAUUUUGAAGUUAAUUCUUCUAAGACUCACAAAAAUAUCAACAGGUUAAUUUAUUAUGCUCUUCAAUUAUUAGGGAGGUUAUAAUUAAACCAGCGUUUUCAUAAGGCUGUAAAAUAAUAACCCUGUCGGAAUGACCGGAUAUUUCAUCUGAGUAUACACAAGGGCAAUAUGUUUUACAAAAGAAAAAGGUUAAAAAGUUUACCAAUAGAGGGUGCUCUACUUAUCGUAUGAUAUAAAAACUAUUCCUUUAAAAGAAACAAGAGUUUCAAAAUUCUUAUUGAAAGACAUGACAUGUUCACUACACAUUGUAGUUCAUUCACCAAGAGUUGAAACUUGGCUCCAUCUCCUUGGAUGCAGAGUUGAUUUCAGUGGAGGAGAAGCAUCUCCACGCUUGAAAAUGAGAACCCUUAAUGCAAACAGUGAAUUUUUUUUCCAGUUAAUUACUUUGCUUUAUCAUGUGCUAUUAUACCUUUCGUUACUCUAGUUAUUUAAAUAUAUUUUAAAACUACUGUUUUCCCUACAAAAUGUCUCAAAAAGGACAAACUAUUCCUAGAGAAAUAUCAUCAAAAUUAUGAAAUAUUUAAUGUUAAAAAAGUGCACAUAUUCAAAAAAAUUAUUUUUGUCAUACGAUUGCCAACUGUCUACCUUGUCCAGGAUUGUUCACACCUUUCUCCCAAAAAUAGCGAAAUAGCCAAGUGCCAACUCCACGUGAAUGAACUAUACAUUUGUGAUAAAAAGCAAGAAACCGUUCUUGCAGAAUAACUCCUCACGCAUAACACAUACCUGCCAAGUCUCCUGUUCACCUGCAUAUUCUCAAAUUUUUCCAUAUUUGUUGGGGAAAAAAAUUGGCAAUAAAAUAUCCGCUAAUGGCAAAAAUACUUUUGUUAUUUCUCAACAGAUGGUGCUAUUGCCAGUACCACAGUAUGUUGAGUGUUAAUAGUUUAAGUAAUUUUAAAUAGUUUAAAAAACUCUUCAGAUUAAGAUUUAUAGAAAUAUUUUUUAAUGUACGUGCUUAUAUUAUUUCCAAUUCUGAAUUUCUUUCUUUGACUUGCAUGAUGUAUCAAAACUUUUUCUGUUGUCCAAAAAACGUUAGUAAAAACACUUUAUUUCUCCAAUGUUGGCAGGUAUGAGAGCCAUGACUACGUUUUCAGAUGCAGAACUGCAUGUUCCCUGCCUCCCCUUUUUUUAUCACAAGUAUAAUGCAGAUUGCUCAUGUUGCAUCUUUAAAUUAGUAAUCUUGUAAAACAAAAGUUUUUAGAAAUUUUUCAUGACACAAACAUUUAUCAGUUAACUUAUUUUUUCUUUUACAUUGAGAUAAAUAAUAAAUCCAAUUGCUUUCAAAUUAAUUGGUGAAAUAACAUCUGUUUGACCAAUGGUAUUUUUUUCAAGCCUUUUUUCAAUUAUCUAUAUCAAAUUAAUCCACCCUGUUUUAACGAAUUUAAAGUUUAGAAUUAAAGUUCACUUUUACCAAACAUACUAAGGCACAUAUCUGUGAUAUUAUGUAUAUAAUCAUGGUGUAUGUUCAAUUUAUUGCAACCUUAUUUUUUAUUCUAGUCAUGUAUGUCAGUGUAAAAUAACCAUAUUGCAUUUUAAACCUUUGCUCUUUAUGCCAAGUCACUAACACCAGUCUGUUUUUUUUCUCUAGAUAACUCAUUAAUAUUUUCUUGCAACUGUUGAAUAUUAGACAAAAAAAAAAUGUGUAAUGUUGCCAGUAUUAGAGAAGUGCAAAGGUUACAAUUCAUUGUGUCUUGUCUGUAAUUUUAAAUAAAUUUAUUCAAUUUUU